AUGACGAUAUAUCGAACAGUAGAAACUGACAACCAUAAUUUAUAUUUGUUGAAACAAGCUAUAUUUUAUCUAUCUAAUAAAAAUGACUAUCAGUGCGGUGAAUUAAACGAAUUUCCUUUAAAAAUACCACUACCACCAGCAAACUAUUGCGAGUAUAUUUCAUCGCCUGAUUCUUUAAUUUCAUCAUAUAAAUUAAAUAUUGUUGAUAAUGAAGGUGAAACAAAAAUAGAUUCAUUUGGAUACCUAUUGAAUGAAAGAAAAUAUAAUAUCACCACCUUCACUCUCCCACAAUAUAAAAAACAUAAAAAUGAAAAUACUUCUAUUAACAAUAACAUUAUCCAACAAACAAAAGAAGAAGAGGGGGAGGAGCAUGAAGAUGGGAAAGUGAAAGAUAGAACUUUAUACAUUUUGUUAAAGGAUUUAUAUUCAUUGCUAGGAAACUUACCUACAAGAGGAGACAAAGAAGAGGAUUGGGUUCAGAAAUUUAAUAACGUUUAUCCUGAAAUUAGAACAUUUAAUCUUUCAAAAUUAAUCAAUAGUUCGGCAUAUACGGAUUUUUUUUUAAAAAAGCUUAAUAUUGGCAGAGAUCCUGGUAACAUUUUGAAGGAAGAAGAUUGUAUAAUAAUUCAUGCUAAAGCUGCUUUUGUUAGGUUUGGUGCUUUAUUGGUAAAUUCUGGCAUUCGGAUUAUAGAUGAUUAUUGGGAUUUAACUGCUAAGGAUCAAGGGUUUACUUACCAAAACCGUGUUUUUCCGAUUGCUUUGGACAUAGUUAAAAAGGCAAAAAAAAUAUUAUUUAUCAAUCCUAAUGAUACCAAGACUUUGGAAGAAAAGGGAGAUACUGAAUUUAAUUUUUCUGACAUUAAAACAGACGAUCAUUUUGAAAACCCAUACUUGACCGUUAUUGAACAGCCUUCUAUGGAAUUGAAAAGGGCCUACAACAAUUUUCAACAGCAAUAUGUGCAUUACCAAAACAUAUAUGAUUUUUAUAGUGCCGAUGAUAAUGCUUAUAAUCAUAUACCUACUAUGAAAGAAAUACAACAGAAACAGGAAGAAGAACAAAAUAAAACUUAUGUCAUGGAAAACUUUAAUGAUAAUGGUGAUAAUACUAAUAGUUAUUACAAUAAUGCCAUCUUAGAUAAAAGAAAAAAGUCUAGAAGUGGAGUUAAUAUAGGUUACGGAAAUAAUGAAGAUCUGGAUAGUUCUAGUACCCAUUUAAAAAAUAAUGCAACAAAUAAUGGUUUAUAUUACACAACUGAUCGUAUCAAUGAAACUCUAUCUUCUUUAAGACACCUUAUUGUACCAGGGCAGAAUAUCACGGGUUCUUUAGAACUAAGUGCAAAUUUUAAAGUACCUAAGUACUAUAGUAAGUUAUCCUUUUUGCAAACCGGCAGUAACAAUAUGGAUAGUCCUAUUGGUACAAAUGUUCGAGAUGACCUACACGAGUCUGUAAAUACACCUAUUCAUAAUAAUGGGUGCAAUGGCACUACUACCAGCCAUAAGAGAUUAUUAGCUGAUUUAUUGCCCGAACAGAAUUAUAGUUCUAGAAGUAUAUCAGGCAUGGAGAAGGGACCCAAUAUCUUAAAAAUGUUUACUGAUAAAGCAGAUACACUUAAAUCCAAUGAGUUAAAUAUAAACGGUUGGAAAUUUGAAACUUUGCCUUUAAGAUCCAAAAUGAACAAGAAACUUCUAAGUACUGUCGGUAUAGAUGGAGAAGAACAGAAAUAUUCCGCUAGAGGGCUACCGAUAUUUAAUAAUGAACUUCAAUUGGUUAAUAGGUUAAGAAAGUUGACCCCUUUGCAAAUUAGGGAUUUAGAACGUGAACAUGAUUCAGUUCAAUUUAACAAGGGCGUCAACAUAAUAGCUGGGAUUAGAGAAACGAAAUGGAAAAAAUAUUGGAUAUUUAAAGCUGGUUUGCCUAUUAUUAAAACAAAUAACAUCAAAGAUUCCAAUUAUUAUUAUUAUUAUUAUGGCGAUGAUUUGAUGAAUAAAGGUGACAUUAGCAGUUCUAAAGGGAACUUGCUUUUAUCAGGCAAUGUUAAAAUUAAUGGAGCAACAAUCAAGAAAAAAAAAAGGGCUUAUCACAAUCCAUGGACUAACAGAGGUAGGGGGAGAGGACGUGGGCGAGGACGUGGGAGAGGACGUGGUAGAGGCGGUUAUAUGACAUCACGUACUGUAAUAACUAAAGUUGAGGAUAAAGAUAUGGAUGCAAGUACUGAUAACUUUGGGACUAGUGAUUCUCUUUCUAAACAUGCGAAUAAGGAUAAUACUACCAUUAUGGCAACUGCUAAUGACAAUAGGAUUAGUAAUGUCAAUCCUAUGGAAUUUCCUAAGGAUAAUAUGUCUACUGAUACUCCUUCUCAAGGCGUUACCACAUUGUCAAUAGAGGGAGGUAGUAAUGAUAUAGAAGGGGUGAAAAAAGACUUGGAUCGAAAUUCUAAACUCAUGCAAGAGGUGAACAAAGACAAAAUGGAAGAUGGGUUAAAACAAGAAAAGACCAAUGAUAAUGUAUAUGAAGAUGAUCUACACCAACAAGAAAUAACUCAGAAUGGUGGCGAUGAAAAUCAGGAAGUGGAUGAGGAUGGAGAAGAUGAAGAAGAUUCUGUCGAAGACACGGCGGAUGAUGUAGAGGAAAUGGAGGAAAAUGAUGUAGCAGAUGAUGAGCAAGAGAAUAAUAAGGAUAAUAGUGUUCAAUCUCCGGUAACACCAUAUACGCCCAUUGAAUCUAAAAAUGAUGAGAAAACCGAGAAUAGGAGUCUGGAUAUGCAUAAAGCUGAGAAUGUUGAAUUGUUGGAAACCUCUUCUAAAAACAAAAAUAUUCUAAAAACAAACAAAGAAUGGCAUAAUUAUAUAUUUAAAGAAUAUUUACCUAAUGUAAUUUAUAAACAAGAAGAAAUAAUGAAUUCUCAAUACGAUGCUGGUAGAAACUGUGAUAUAUUAACUAUCCGAAAAAGGAUACCGACGGUCAAUAAGCUUGGAAAUGGGAACAUCACAGGUUUUAGUCCACCUUAUGCAAAUGGUUCUGAAUAA